GCUAUAGACAUCUAUCGGUGUAGUAGAAAUACAUCUAAAAUAGAAACAAAUUAAGCAGUGAAAUUCUAUCAAAGUUUAAUACAUAAGUGUCAAUAUGGAUGUUUAUGAAAAAUCAUUACAUAUACUUGAUUGCACUCCAACAGCGACAGUAGAGGAGGUAAAAAAAGCUUAUCGUAAAAAAGCUUUAUUAUGCCAUCCAGAUAAACAUCCUGAUAAUCCACGCGCUACAGAAUUAUUCCAUGAAAUUUCAAAAGCAUUAGAAGUUUUAACAGAUUUAUCUGCACGAGAUGCUUAUGAAAAAGUACUUAUUGCUAAACAUCAAUCCAAGCUCCGUACUAAAGAACUUAGUGCUAAACGAAAAAAGUUUAAAGAAGAUUUAGAAGCAAGAGAAGAGGCAUAUAAGAAUGCAUCAAGUAAUAAACAUUCUUUAACUGAAGAAGAAAAAUUACUGGCUGAAAUAGAUCGAUUACAAAAAGAAGGUUCAAAACUAUUAGAAGAAGAAAUAACCCGUAUGAGAAAAGAAAUUUGGGAAUUACAUAAUUUACGACAGGAAAAGGCUGAAACAAAUGCAAAUUACAGAGUAAGAAUUAAAUGGAAAGCAAAUAGUGAUGAUUCACAAAAUGGAGGAUACAAUUAUGACACAUUAUAUCGUAUUUUGUAUAAGCACGGUGACAUUGUUGCACUUGUUUUAUCAAGUGUAAAAAAUGGCAGAGCUAUGGUUGAAUAUAAAGAUAAGGAAUCUGCACAAAGAGCAGUACGAAUAGAAUUUGGCUUUGCGAGAAAUCCACUUACCCUCGAAGGACUAUGGGAGAAAGAAAACAUAUCAAGUUUUCCAAGAGAAACUUUUUAUAAUAAGUCUCAAACUAUAUCUAAUGUAGAAAAAAAAAUGUCAGAUGAAGAUUUCGAAGCUUACGAAGCUUUUGUUUUAAAUAAUUUAAGAAAAGCAGAGGAAAGGAAAAGAUUAGAAACAUAGAGAAUAAAGUAUUUUUCUAUACUGUAGAAUAAAAAGUUUAUCAUAAUAAAUUUAUUUUUAUUUUAACGUUUCCAUAAUUUUGAUUAAAAAGAAAAUAAAUAUUUUCACGGAAUUAUAAAUGUAGAUAUAUGUUACAUAUAUAUAUAUAUAUAUAUAUGUAUAUAAUUGAUAAGUACAAGACAGAUGUGUGUGAUGUAAAUUAAAUAUAUAUAUAUUUUUUUUUAUCCGUACUAUAAUAAUAUAUGUCUUAAUUAAAAAUAAAAAAAAAUACAAUUCACGAAAAUUUAUAUAUUUUUUGUAAUUUUUCGAUUUAUGCAAAAAUUUGACCUUAACUUUUUUGAUUUUUUGUAUUUGAUAACAGAUUGUAUUAUGUAGCUAUUCACAUAUAUAAGUAUAGAAUUUUUAAGAAUACAACUGCUGUUGAAAAUGAAUAAAAAAUAUACAUUUCUAUAUGAUUUAAUAUCCUUAAUAAUUAUUGUGAAAUCAUGACUAUAUUCAUUAUUGUGUCCUUGGAUAUAACAAAAUUUCACACAUUAAAUUCUAUAAUUUAGAUUAUAGCAAAAGUUUUAUUAAAAGAAAUAUUUAAGAUUGUAUUAUGAAAAGAAUUCUAAAAGAACAUCAGUCAAAGCUCAGGACCAUAAUAAUAAUAAUAAGACCCAAAGAAGAAAAUCUAAAAAAAAAAUUUAAUCAGGCGAUUUAUUUAAUAAAAAUUAUUCGAAGAAAAUUAAUUAAAAUAAAAUACUAUCUUAACAUUUUUAAUAAAUUAAAGAAAAAAUUAUGUACACCUUAUGUAAUUGAUUAUUUCCUAGAAACUUUCUCAAAGUUUAGUAAUGUAGCUAUAUUUUUAGGAACAGUAUGAAAAAAAGUAUCAAAUAGUUUUUCUAAAAUUUAGAAUUGGUCACACAAAUUAUUCGUAAUAGUAACCGUAAAUCGUAACUGAACAUAGGAACUAUAUAAAACACAAAAUGCUCUAUGAUCCAGAAUUGUCACGACAACGUUACUAUCAUGAGUUUAAUUUCAUUUGUUGCAGUAUAAGUUAUAGAAAUGAAUUAUCCGAAAUAUUUAAGAAAUAUUUUGUAAAUUUUAAGAAUAAAUUUAUCAAUUAUUAUUGAAUAAAUAAAUUUCUCAUUACAUUAUCUUUGGGUUAAUACAAAUUUAUGCAUUCAAUAUUUUAUAGACUACUUCUUUUAUUGUGAUAUCAGAUAACUUUGCAAAGAGAUUGGCUAUCCAUAAGUAUCAUAAUAGUUGAAUUCCAAUAUAUCAAAUUCUUUUAAUAUUAUUGACAUUUUUAUAACUAUCAUUACGACGUAUUAAUCGAGUAAUGCGAUUGGUCGAAACCUUAGUGUUUAAUAUAUGGAAAGUGUGCGUGGCUGUUAGUUAAAUCAAAAUUUAUCUAAAAAUAAAAAAAAACCCAUUCAUAGAAUUCAUUUGGUCCUGCAUUGAGUCAUUGAUUUAUUGAAUCGACCAAAAAAAAUUCUUGUUACUGUGAAAAGAAAAAUAAUCCUAGCUUGGAACUAGAAUAAUCUGAUGUUAAAAGGGGAUUCCUAAAAUAUUUAUAAAACGAUGACUAUGACAAUGCAAAAA